AUGUCCAGGCUGCUCGCUCUCUUCACCGUCUUCUCUCUCGUCGCCGUCGCCACGCUCUAUUAUGCCGGUAUCGACACGCUCAACACUCUCUCGCCGCAAGGAUGUCGCAUGUCCUGGAUGUGGCCGUCGUACAUUCUACAGUCCCGCUUCGAUCAUUCGUGGACACCGCUAGCGCGUCGCUACAGCCUAUGGCUUUACCGUGAAGGCAAUCUCGAAACCAGCGAGCUUCACGGCUCGCCCGUACUCUUUAUUCCCGGAAAUGCGGGGUCCUCGCACCAGGUCCGCUCUAUAGCGUCCUCUGCCGCUAAUCAGUACUUCUCGGCCCUACACGAAGUGUCGCCUGAAUUUCUGAGCAAGGGAUACAAACCCCUCGACUUCUUUGCUGUGGAGUACAACGAAGACUUCUCCGCCUUCCAUGGUCCCACCAUCGACUCGCAGACGGCGUAUGCCAAGCGGGCCAUCGACUACAUACUCUCACAAUACCCAGCAGAUACUUCCAUCAUCGUCAUGGGUCACUCUAUGGGGGGCAUAGUCGCGACGGCUCUGCUGCCCAACCCAUUCAUCUCCGCGAUCAUCACCAUGUCGACACCACAUACUCUGCCCCCCGUACGGUUUGACCGCCGUAUCGAUCACAUAUAUGCCGACAACCUCAAGGACCUAGGGUCCGAUCCGACCCCUUUGCUAUCUCUAUGCGGCGGCGCGACAGACCUCAUGAUUCCAUCCGAAUCAUGCAUCCUUCCUGCUCUUCCUAGCCUCGACAAUACCUCUGUAUACCGCCGCACAGUAUUCACUAGUGCUCUGGAAGGCUGCUGGACUGGGGUGGGUCAUCUUGCCAUGGUAUGGUGCCACCAGGUGCGUUGGCGCAUCGCGCGAGCGGCGCUCGAGAUUGCUGCGUCGCCUUCAAUGGAAGCUCGUGCUGCGGCCAUGGAUCUUUGGCUACGCGACGGGCACACCCUACCUCCUGCACAUACGCCGUCUGACAUCCUGCGUCUGCAUCCUGGAGGAUACAACGCUGUCCCGCCCAAUCAGCACCUUCUUAUCCGCAAUCCCUCUGACACGCAGUCGUACAUGCUCCCUGUGCCAGAUCCUGAAGAUGGCCUCACGUCGGCUAAAUUCAUCCUAUAUGCUUCACAAGGCUCCAUACCUCCUGUUGCGCCUCACCGCCCUCUGCCGUUCCGUGCAACCGUUUAUAUCUGCCCGAAUUCUGAUUCACUCACCUGUUCUCCGCUGCCUCCUGACACAUUGAAGCUUAUUCCGAGUCCUGUGAUGGGCGCGCCGUUCCCCGUCCCAGAUGCGGGCUCCGACGAGUCGGAAGGCGUAGUACUCUUUGAGGCGGACGUCCUCCUCAGUACGCAUUCGAGCAUUGUCGUCAAAAUUGACUCCGGGGACAAAAAAGGCUGGGUAUUCGGCGGUUUCGCUGAUAGCGAGCUUGUGCUUGCGGAAGUCGGCCUUUCAAGGCUCUUGUUUUCUUCGGCCCGUAUACCGAUACCAAAUGGCAUCCGUACGGAAGUGCAGCUACCAAGACUGCCGGCAAACGCACUUCUUGUGUAUCGCCUCACCCCCGGGUAUGACCCGGAGUCGACUUGUUCAGUUGAUACGCUGUUCCUUCCGCUCCUCACACACACUGCGCACCCAUCGGAGACGCAUUAUCACUCCCUUGCGCCGUCCUUCCCUAGGCGAAUUCUAUUGCAUACCCAUGCGUCCGCACCUUACAUCGCGUCUCAAUAUCACGACGGGCACAAGAUAACCAUUCACUCAUCGGGCGAAUGCUGGGUUGAUGAAAUCGAGCUGAGCGUAGAUUGGUGGGCAAGCAUCGGGCGAUGGGGUGCCCGGUAUGGCACUGCGGCGGUGUGCUGGACGGUCGGCAUUGUCGCAGCUCUGAUGUGGGACUGGUGGCGGUUGGUGGAAGGAGGCGCCCCCAUACCGGAUGUCCGUAGCUCACUCAGCUACUUCGCCCGCAGACGACUCCCUUGGAUGAUGCUCCUCUCGUACUUCGUUUCCCUCUUGCCUCUCCGUGUCGGCCUCUGGCUUGGCAACCGAGGCAAUGCUGCAUUUGCUCCCUUCUCAGCGCUCAUACUGCCUAUCGCCUUCGGUCUUGUCUGCGUAAUGUGGUGGCUGUUACUCGUCUUGAUGUGGCCGCUGCGGGUCGUUCACAAGCGAUUCGGGAGACGCAGAGAAGAUGCGGUGUCGCGUAGGCCUAUGACUACCCUGGUCUCCAUGGGUGUCAUUUUCCUGGUCAUCUUCGUGUUGGUGCCAUGGCAGGUGGCAUUCCUUGGAUGCUGGUUGAUUCAUUUCUACACGUGUGCUGCCUCCCUUGCCGAGUUAUCACUGGUGCCGGCGCACCCCACUGGCGCCGAAGCGGUUCCCCUCGUGCCUCUCGCAUCGGAAUUGUCCCAAAGCCCAGAGCCACCAUCCUCCGAACGCCCAGACGAUGAGCCAAGUCCUCCGUCAUCAGCCGCACGUAUACCUCCAGUACAAGUGGUCAACGCCCACCUACACAUCCUGCUGCUCAUGACAUGGCUGCUACCGCUCGUAGCACCCGUGUUAGCGGUCUGGGUGCGCACCCUUGCAACCGCGGGGCUGACGACGCCCUUCGACGGGGACCAUAACUUCCUGUAUGUUGCGCCGUUCCUCGUCCUCGUCGAGGCACUGGGCGGCAGCGACGCAGACCGAUACGUAAAAGCUCUCUUCGAGAGAAAAGAACGCGUGUCGCCGAGAUGGGGACUCGCUGGGCUCGCCGGGGUUGCGUUCUUCUUGGGCCCGAGGACGACGUACUAUGUGUUUGAGACGGCGAGCGUCGCGAUCGGGUGGGCUGUGGUGAAGCGGAUUAGCCCUUUCUAUUGGAGUAGACGGUCGUUGGUACGACGCAGUUAG